CUCGUCACGACUACUACUGACUACAGUAUACAGUAACGGGAGCAAGAGCGAUAACCAGCUGCUAUUUCUGCAUAGCAAAGAAAUUCACUGGCCGCAUAUAGUUCUUGCAGGAGGUGACAACAUACCCCGCCCUUCGGUUUUGCCAAUCGACAACGUGGGAUUCGGUGGACCCCAGUCCCGAUUAAACAUCAAGAUUGUACAAAGAGGAAAUUCGGAGCCCACUGCAGAUCAUAGGAUCACGUCUCGAAGAUUUAGUGGCGUCUCCAAUAUCCGGGGCCUGCCCGCAUUAGUGACCAUGCCCCGAGCUUUAAAGCCGCCAGUAAAAGCUGCGUGCCUUGCCUGUCGCUCGUCAAAGACUCGUUGCGAUGGUGAAAGGCCAUGUAGAAGUUGUUUAAGCAGAGGCCGAGAAUGCCAUUAUCAACCAAGUCGCCGCGGUGGGCCUCGAAGAGGCAUCCGAUAUGCAGAGCUCCAGCAGCAUCAUCUUUCUGCGGAGGAUCAGGGCGCACACAAUCCAUCGUCACCCUCGGAGAUUGACGAAAGCUUCGAGCCUUUACUUGACAAUAUGCUUGGUCUUGUGACCCCACUUGCUGGCGUUCAUAAUCUUGAUGUCUCUCCUGAUGCCCUUUCUGAUACCAGUGGGGCACGGCAACUCUGGGGUCAGCUCACGCCUUGUGCGGAUGACCAGUUUUUGUCGGCAUCGAUUCCAGAGGCAGAGCCUUCGGCUGUACGAUCAUACCGGUCUGAAGAAGACAUCGCCAACGCAUACUAUAUCUACAUACAUCCAUACCUUCCCUUGCUGCCGCCGUCGAUAAUACCGCAACGGGAAGAUCAGCCUACUCUCAGUCGACCAUCAAGAGAGACCAACGAAGCCAAAAAGACCGACUUGCCUUUCUGGCCACAGUCCUCCUUGAGUCUUGCAUUGUCCGCCCUGCUUGUGCUAAUACCACCUUCUCAAGGUCCAUUCUCGAUGACAGAGGCAAGCAUAGUUCUGAGACGGACAUAUGCGCAGCUCUUUGCCCAAGCUGCAUUGGCAAGCGUUGAAAAGGAGAUUGAUGAGAUAGGGCCUACAGUGCAUUUGAACGCACCUGGGGCUUGUCUGUCUCAAGGACACAGCCCGUUACAUUCACAGGUGCCUCUUCAGCUUGAGCCUAUUCUGGCGCUCGUCGUGCUUGCAAUUUAUGAGUAUUGUCAGCGUGGUAACGUGUCGAGGAUGCGGGGUCGUAUCAAUCAGGCUGUCACCACGGCCAUGGAUAUCUCUCUUCAUCAACUUGGCUCCACAACUGCAGAAGCAUCCGAGGCACAGCGACGUGCAUGGUGGAUAACCAUGUUUGUGGCUUACCUUUCCUCAAAUCUCCAUCUGGCGCCACCAGUUGUUACAGCAGACGAUCCUCGUAUAACGACAGCUUAUCCCAGUCUCGGGGUACACUUGGAGCCCUGGGCUCUUUUGAUCAAAGCCCAGCAAACGCUCUACGCAUCUAACCAAAUGGUUCAACGAAUCGAGCGCAUUACCAAUGACACGCCUCCCCCCAGCCUCGGGGCGCAGAUCAAAAGUUUGGAUGCCGUGAUUACCACUUUAAUGACAAAAUCCGAUCAAUACCUUCGAUAUACUUUUGAUGAGGACGGGGAAGGUCUCAUAGCCGAGAACAUGUGGAGGAUCAGCAGAAUUGUGAUCUACACUGCUCGCGCCCGCUUGCAUCGGUUCCGUGCCUUCAUGGACUUUCCAUUAUUUUUGGACAGAUACUGUCACCUCGCCUCGAUCAACACCAACUACCCCAGCUCAACACCCGUGCCCUCUCCAACCUGGGUAACGGAUCGAAAUUCCUUUUUUCCUUUCACCGAACAAGAAUCCUCCAACGUCUGUCUUAAGACCGCUCUUGUCGUCGCGACAGCUUUCCGAAACUUACCAUACCCGAAUCCCUACGGUACUCAACAUCGUGAACGGUCCCCAAUGACUUCAAGAUCCAUGAUUUCAUCCGUGGGACUUAUCCGAAAAUCCCCUCAUACCAUCCCUUACUUUGCAUGUUGUGCCAUGCAGAGUUGUUAUUCUCUAUUGAUGAUUCUUCACAAGAUUCGCGCGUGUUUGGCUACGGAUCGUCUGGCGAGCUGUUACCAUUUACUGAAUAAACCCGAAACGGCAACGGAGAUUUCCGAUGCCGAAAGGCUGAUUGAAGAACUGCGGCAUGGAGUGGAGUUUUUGGGGAUGUCUUUGAAAUCGGAUAUUAUGUUCGAGGGGGUCGGGGGUAUGGGCCGCGAGAUUGAACAUGCCUAUUUAGCAGCCUUUCCAGAAUGCUCCGAGUUCUGA